CUAAAAAAAGAAGUGAGAGUCGUCAACCAUCAUGUCAUGAAUGGCGAACGGAAAGGUGAUUUUAGUUUGUUGUCUUCUAUUCAGUUGAAUAUCCGCUUUCGAAUAACGAUGUGAUUAGCUUAACACUUCAAGAUGUGGCUUAGUUAAUUCUUGAAAAUUAUCUCGAUAAUUUGAAGCUCUAAAGUACAGUUACAGUGUGUCUACUCGCAGAAAACAUCAUCAUAAUGUCAACUACUUCAAGCGGUGUCAUGAUGCACUCUGCUAACGGGAAGCAACAAAAAGUAGAACAAAAAGUUGGAGGACCCACAAAGAUGCCGAACUCGGCAGGAACAGCUGGUCCAGGCACUGUCGCUGGUAUCGGAGAUAAACAUGAAUCGUGGCAGAUGGAACUUUUAAUGGAGCGGCUACGGAGUAAGGCCAAAUCAUCGCAUUACAAGUCAUUUCCAGAAAUGUCCAAAACGGUUCGAAUGUCUUUGCUGGAGAAACGAUAUGCAUUGGAUGUCGUGGAAAAAUCGAACCUGCAAAAAACAUUGGACAGCAUGCAGUAUUGUAUUAAAGUAACUUCACGUCAAGGAUUAGUUGAACGAUUAGACUGUUUGACAAGGCAACUCGGACUGAAGCUGAGCGAGGAUACGUCAGGUCUUUUUAUUUCUUCCGAUAUGUUCUAUCUGGAAAUCAUUCUUGACCAAAACGGAAAGGUGCAAGAUGUAAAGGUGCAUCAUGAGUGUAAAAUGAAGCAGCAGAGUUGCAGUGAACUCGUUUCUUGUCUACAACGAGGAGAUUUUGUGGAUUUUACUACACAGCUGGAAGGUCUUGCUUCGAUAUACCAAUUGAAUGCUGAAAAGAAGAUCAAACUGAAUGCUUUCGUUGCUCUUCAGGCUUUGGAGACUGAUUUAUAUAAUCUUUACUCACUGUCAACACAGCAUUUCAAUGACAUUCAUUCAUUACUGCUGAAGUCGCCCCUUGGUGUUGUUCAAAAGCGAAGAGGUGGUCAUGCAAUGAAACUAUCUUAUUUCGUGACACCUUACGACCUGCUCGACCUAGAAACAAGAAUGAUGAAACCCCUUAAUGUUGAUCUAAUACUGUCGGAAAAAAUUGGAUGCAGUGUUGCAGUCAAUUUGGAAGCAUCAACUGCUAAUAAGCUGCAGAUUCAACCACUUCUAGUUCAACAAGGAAAUUCUCCAGUUUACAGCCCAAUAGAAAAGCACAACUCCACUUCGUUACCGGCCACGUUUGUUUUAAAACUCAACAAACCGAUGGCCCUGAAUGUUAAGAUGUUCAAGCAAAUUAAAAUCAUAACGGGCGAGAGCUCAAGUGGAUUUAUUGAUUUAGAAAAUUCAUCAAGUCUAAUACGAUUGAUUGUUGAAUAUGCAUCAACCGGUGCAGCUAAUAACAUCGCUAAGGGACUUUUCGUUACACUGCCUGACCAACACCAUUGUUACUACAUGAAUGAAAACAAAAAUCUCGAAGGUAUCGUUGUAAGCAGCAUUCCAUUCACCGAGCCACAGCACGUUUCUAAAAUAUUAGUGUUUUUGCGACAACAAGCAUUGUUCAACCAGCUGCUUUCCAGUUGCAUUCGAAAUAAUAGCUCAACCAACACUCGAACAACUGACCAUGACCAGCUGUUAGUGUUUGAAGUCACGGCAUUAUCCUGUCAGUACAUCACGAUAUCACUUGAGCAUCCUUUCGACGAAUCUUUGGCCAUGGUAGAGUUUGACCUGAGAAAUUCAAUGGCAAUACAAGUACGUGUGUUCUGCAACGGUUAUGAAAGUGAUGAGCGCAUCUCGAAACAUGUAUCAAUUGUCGUGCAACGUACGAUGUCAAUUCCGGUUACACUGAGAGCAUUGAUCAAGAUUUGGGAAGAGGACUUUGAAGCCAAAUUCAAAGGCAAGCUUAGUUCGAAUGCUGGAGGAAAUGGAUGCAUCGAUGAAGUAAAUUUUAGUUUGCCUAUGGGCCCAGAUGAUGGUGGUGGGAGUGGGCCAGGUGGAGGAGGCGGUGGCAAUGGUCUUGGAAUGAAUGGUCAACACACUACCGGCAUGAACGGAAGUGGAUCCAGCCAUCAAGAGUUUGUAGAUGCUAAGAAGAUCAAGUAUGAAACCCAAGAUCUAUCCAAAAAACGACGUGUUGGAGAGGAUUUUCGAAACAGCCCAAAGAGUAAUAAUAUGGAAAAAUCGCUCAAGAGCGAAGUGAAUGUAGCAGAUGAUGAUGAUUGUGACGAGUCGAACAACAGUGACUCGAAUAACUCUUUGGGUGGAAAUCAAACAACAACAACAACACAACAUGUAUCAUCAUCGUCAGCAUCAAUAUCGUCAUCGGGAAAACAUACUCCCACAUCACCGUUUGCAUUGGGUAUUGGAGAAGACGGAUUUCGAAACAAGUAUACAGGAAAAAUGAACAGUCUUAACUCAAGUCCCGAUACGAUUCGCAAAAAUUCCGAGGCAACUGAUUGUUUAGAACCCACUAAACCAAUCAAUCAGACGUCGGCUUCAAACCCAGAAGACAGUAAUUUGACUGUGAGUAUUACGACGAUAGAAGUGGGAAAGCAGAACAUGUCUUCGAGCUCCGUUCUCAGCAACAUAAAUUUAGAUAAACGACCUGGUAUAGAAAUUAUACCAUUAUCGACUUCAGCCACCAGUAUACCAUCUUCAAUCACUAUAACACCUAUUCCAGUAGAAAACUGUGCGGGGCCUUCUAAAAGUAGCAGUAGUGAUAAAAAGCUUAGUGGAAGCAGCAGCUCUAGUAGCAGUUCAAACCGCAAGAAUAGCGAUAGCAAAACUGAAUCGGAUAGAGCCAAGCUCGAAAAGAAGAAAAAACGAAAGCAUGAAGAGCAUCAAUCUCAACUGCAAAUGGGGCCGCCGCAUAAAAUUCUAUCCAAAAAUGUGUCUACCGAUGGGCCAACAUCGCCAUCUGGAGGAAGCCGAAAAAUUUCAAUCUCUCCAGUACCACCAAAAACUGGUAGCUCAUCAAGUCCGAGGCAUUCACCAGUACAUCACAGCAGCCCCAAACAUCAGGGAAGCUAUGGAACUUCGUCGCCAAAACAUAUUUCCGGUGGUAGUUCUGGUGGUGGAAAGCCAAGCAUGUCGGCUCUAAAAUCUGCUGCUAGUGGUGGAUCUCCAAAUUCUAAAUCAUCCUCAGGAAGUAGUACAGGCAAAGAUGAAGGUUCUGGAGUAUUUUCCACGGGAAACACGAACAAAAGCAGCAGUAGCAGUGGUUCCUCUUCAUCUAGGGAUCGAGAUCGUGACCGCGAACGAAGUGAUAAAAAAUCCGUUUCUAAUCCAAAACUUAAAACACCAGCGGUUAAAUUGAAACAGUUAGACUUGGCAACUUGCGGGGCUUCACUAAGUGCUGGCGUGCAACUUGAGCUCAUAAAUAGUAACAGUAGCGGAGGAAGCAGUACUGGAAGCAGCAGCAUAGAUUAUACUGACAACAGUUUAUUUGCGUCAUCAGACAUGUCCAAAAAUUCAUCAGUGGCAGCUGCUUCAACGGCCGGCAUGCUCCUGUUACAGCAGGCAAUGAAGAACCGAAAAAGCUCUCUCAGCGCUGUGAUUGAUAAGCUCAAAUCAGCACAAAGUGGCGAUGAAAGCUCAUUGAUGUUAUUGCCCGAACUAGCUCAGCAAGCAGGUUUCACGUUAAAGGAAUCAUCUGGCUCAAACAAAGUUGCCUCAUCAUCAAGCGCCAGCCCAACAACUAUGGUUUCAAACAUCCAUGGCCAUACUUCCUCAUCAGCGUCAGCAACAGGAGCAUCCUCAUUAACUAACACAGUUGCUGCAUUGGGUACUCAGUUGUCUUCAACGACCUCUCCUGUCCAUGGAAAAAGCUCCGAAUAUUUGGUAAAGCCAAGUUCAGAUGGAAUGAAGUUAACAAUCCAAAACAAAAAAGGAUCAAAAAGCAGUCUUUCUUCAUCAUCUACAAACUCAAAAAGUAGCUCAAAGUCUGGUCUAAAGCCAGGAGUAUCCAGUGGACCAGGCUCCAAAAAAUUACAGAGCUCUCAAAGUUUCAGUGGAAGUUUUUCCUCUGUUUCAAGCAGUAGCAGCAAAUCAGGAUCAUCCACAAAAUCAUCAUUUCAAAAGUCAAACUCCUCCAGUUCACUGUCAAAUUCGAGUGGAUCGCUAAAAUCAUCAUCGAAGUCUGGGUCAGGUUCUUCUUCGAGUGGUAGUAGCAGCAAGGAUAAAGCAAGAAAUAGUUCCAAAUCUUCUUCUUUGAUUUCAUCUAAUGCUAUGACCCUCGCAUCGCAAGCAGCUGCCAAUGCAGCUGUUAAUGCAAAUGCAUUGAACGUUAUGAAAAUGCUCGGUAUAACUUCGUCCAUUCAAAAUAUGGAGGGGUUCGUGAAAACUUUGGAUACCAAAUUUCAAAUUCCCAAACUAUCGGCAAGGUCAGCAUCGAGCGGAAAUGACUUGGAUAAAAUUAAAGAAUUGAGAGCAGUAUCUGCUCCAACUACUCCACUGCAGAAUAUGAGUCAGUCACCAACUGGAAUCAACGACUUUUCAUUGCCUUUCAAUAAACUACCAGGAGAUGUUUCUCCAUUACAUUCUGCAAUGCUUCCAAAUGUCAUGCAAAAAAUGUUUGCCGGACACGACAAUGCGAUGUUACUUCGAAGAUCACCAAAUUUAGAUCACCAAGCUAGCAACGAUGGAUUCCCAUCCCAACACGGUAAAGGAUCGACGCCACCUACUCCAACAAUAUCUAUUCCACCACCUUUUCCGUCACCGGUGGGACUUCAGAGUCAUGCAAUGGAUUUUUCCAACAGCAGCGAUUCUAUAGACAAUAGUAAUCUUAUGCUUCCACCAACAAGACCAAGCAGCACCAUGUCGAACCAUAGCUCAUCUGACAAACUCAUCGAUGCUACCGGAGGUAACAACUCCAUGGACAGCUUUUCGAGCUCACCUUCAGCACAAGCUAUAGCAGCCGCCGCUGCUCAAUUCAUCAACAAGCUUGAUAAUACUCAACAACUUGUGGCGGCAUUGAAAAAUCAUCAUUUAAACGCAUUGAGCAAUGCUGCUGCAGCCGCCGCAUGUAGUUCUUCGGGAUCUGGAUCUGUUACCUCUCCAACAUCGGUAUCUGUGCACAUCAUGAAAUCUCCUGCUCCGAGCCCACUAGGAAUGCCUGGAAAUAGCGUUGACGAUGAUCUAAUGGACGAUACGCUAGUUCAAAUUGGAGGAAAAUGACAAUAUAGCUUCUCUGUCUACGUUUAUGUUUGUAAAUAUAGGUAUCAAUCGGUUUGGCUUAGUUCUAAUUUUUAAUAGUUAAUAUACAUAAUUUUAAUACAGGCCAUUUUGAAUAAUGUAUAUCCUGGCUGCAAACAGCAAAUUCAAAGUUUUGCAUAAUUUUGACAUACCAUGUCAGAAAAAAUAAAGUGAUUUAUACUUCA